CCCAAUGUUGACUUUCAGAUCAGCUCCAAGGCCCAAAAAAGAAAAAAGGAAAAAAAAAAAAAACCCCCCAUUUUGGAGAUUCUGAAGCUAUACAACAGCAGAAUCCUCCAUGAGAUCGACAGAGAUGUUAUCCGAAGCUGCCUGCGAGCGGCUGCAGCGAGCCCUAUUGGAGUGUCAUCGGCGGGUCCCGUCCGGUCUGGGCCGAGACUCGGCGUGCCGCCACCUGAACCAAUCGCUCGCGAUAUGCCUCGUCUCCUUGGCCUGCCGAGAAGAAUACGCCGUUCAGGCACUCUGCUCCAGCAGCGGCACCGCCCUCAAGCGCUCUCAGUGCCAACAGGCUCACCUCUCUCUCUCCCUCUGCCUCUCUGCUCAUCAGCAAAAUUCAUGAUUCUUAAACCCUAGUCCCAAUCUGUGAAAUUUUAUGUUUUGGGAAUUUCUUACUGCUAUUUCUCUUUUCACUAAAGAAAAAUAAGUACUCAAUUUUGAGAAAUUGAUUGCUGGAUAGUUGCACCUUUCAGAGUUGUAUAAUGGAGUCGCUUGAACAGUAAAUGUAUUGAGUUUGGUUAAACCUUUCGGGAUAAAUAUUGAAGUAGAUAGACAAUAGUAAAUGUGCCCAUUUGUACUGCAAU